CUACCCGUGAGAACAAAAUGGCCGGCUGAAAUGCAAAAUGAGUGUUCUACAACUAUCCAACCUACGACCUGAAAAUGAGCACACAAUGUGAUUUCGGUUAGCUUUGUGCAGGCAGUAAGAAUACCAGCACUCUAGGGCCUGCUCAUAGGUCUGGUCUCCUUGCAUUAGGCUGUAAAGACCCAGCUUAGAUGGCCAAACCAUUUGAGUUCAGCUGGCGGAUCCCUGUGCCAGACGUCCUACAGAUUGGCUGUGUUUUUGACAUCUGGGAUGAGGAAUACUCUGUGUAUGAGUCUACUUGUAUGGUCAAGGUAGAUGAGUAUGGUUUUUUCAUUUGCUGGAAGAGUGAGGGAAGGGAAGGCCAGGUUUUGGAGUGUUCUCAAGUCAAUGACAUUAGGCUUGGUUUGGCUCCCAAGAUUAGUGAUACCAAAGUUCUAGCAGAUAUACUAGACAAGAGUCCCCACAGCCUGGAGUCCCGCACUGUCACAGUAUGCAGUGGCCUAGACCUGGUCAAUAUUACAUACACUCUGCUCAUUGCUAGAGAUCCUGAUGUUGCCAAAGUCUGGUUUGAAGGAUUGCGCAAAAUUACUCUCAAUACAAAAGCCAACAAUGUGUGCCCCAUGACUCAGCUCAAAAAACAUUGGAUCAAACUUUGUUGUAUGGUCAACCCUAGUGGCAAGAUUCCUGUGCGUGGUAUUACAAGAACAUUUGCAUCAGGUAAAACAGAAAAAAUGGUGAUGUCAAGUCUGAAGGAUCUAGGCUUGCCAAGUGGGAAGGGUGAUGAGAUUGAUCCAAUCCUUUUUACAUUUGACAAGUUCUAUGAGCUGUAUCACAUGAUCUGCCCUCGUUCUGACAUAGAGGAGUUGUUCAAAGAUUUAUCACGAAGCCGUUCAUUCUUGACAAUUCCUCAGUUAAUAGAUUUCUUCAAUGAUAGACAAAGAGAUCCAAGACUGAAUGAAAUCCUUUUCCCUUUCUACAACCAUACUCGUGUGAAAAACAUCAUUCAAUCCUAUGAAACUGACCAAGAGUACCUCAACAAAGAAUGGCUAAGUCAAGAUGGAUUCUGUCGUUAUUUGAUGGCUGAUGAAAAUGCUCCAGUUUUUCUUGACCGACUAGACAUUUACAUGGACAUGGAUCAGCCACUAGCUCAUUACAUCAUCAAUUCUUCUCACAACACAUACUUGACAGGAAGACAGUUUGGUGGGCGCUCAUCUGUUGAGAUGUACAGACAAGUCUUGUUGGCUGGCUGCCGCUGUGUUGAGUUGGAUUGCUGGGAUGGCAGGAAUGAAGAUCAGGAACCAAUCAUAACCCACGGCAAGGCCAUGUGUACAGACAUUCUGUUUAAAGACGUCAUCCAAGCCAUCAAAGAAACAGCUUUUGUUACUUCUUGUUACCCUGUGAUUUUAUCUUUUGAAAAUCAUUGCAGUAAACUCCAGCAAUACAAAAUGGCCAAAUACUGUGAGGAUAUUUUAGGGGAUUAUUUGCUGAAGAAACCACUAGAAGGCCACCCACUGGAGCCUGGGGUGGCCCUCCCUUCACCCAACCAACUCAAGUAUAAGAUUCUCAUCAAAAACAAGAGACUCAAGCCAGAAGUGGAGAAGCAGCAAAUGGAGCUGUACCAGAAGGGGAUGAUCCAGAUUGUGAAUGAGGAUAGUGAAGUGAUUGAAGAUCCCAAUGUUGUGGCUACAGUGGAUGGAGAGGAUGGGCCACUUAAUGAUGAUGAUGCUGAUAGCGCAAGCAGCAUCGACAGCACCCCACAAAUAAAAGAAGUCACCCCUAGCACUAGCACCACAACAACCAAAACCUCUGAUCUGGCGCCAAGUACCAAGAAUACAGACACUGAAGCCCACCCUGAGCUUGCCAACACUGGCAGUCUGGACUCAGACUCAGAGAUCAAGAAAACAAGUGUCAAAAUAAGCAAGAAAGCUAAAGAAGAAGUAGGGCCUAAGGAAGAGCUGGAUGAGCUUCUAAAGACAGACUCUAUGGACACAGCAUUGACAGCUGAUGAAGAGGCUCUGCUCAUGUCAUCUUACCAUUACACUGGUGCAACUACCAACAUCCACCCCUACCUCUCCGCAAUGGUCAACUAUGCUCAGCCAGUCAAAUUUCAAGGCUUUGAUGUAGCCGAAGAACGGAACAUCCAGUACCACAUGUCAUCUUUCAAUGAGAACACAGGCCUGGGGUACCUGAAGACACAAGCCCUAGAGUUUGUUAACUACAACAAGCGCCAAAUGAGCCGGAUCUAUCCCAGGGGUGGAAGGGUGGACUCCAGCAACUUUUUGCCCCAGAUAUUCUGGAAUGCAGGUUGUCAAAUGGUGGCCUUGAACUUCCAGACAGCAGAUAUUAACAUGCAGCUGAACCAGGGCAAGUUUGAGUACAAUGGCAACUGUGGCUAUCUGCUCAAGCCAGACUUCAUGCGGAGACCUGACAGGACAUUUGACCCAUUCUCAGAAAGUCCAGUUGAUGGAGUCAUAGCAGCUCAUUGCUCUGUCCAGGUGAUUUCAGGCCAGUUUUUAUCAGACAAGAAAGUGGGUACCUAUGUGGAGGUUGACAUGUAUGGUCUGCCUACAGACACCAUCAGGCGCGAGUUUCGGACAAGGGUUGUGCCUAACAAUGGCCUUAACCCAAUUUAUAAUGAAGAACCUUUUGUCUUUAGAAAGGUGGUGUUACCAGAACUUGCUGUAUUGAGAAUAGCUGUUUUUGAAGAUACGGGUAAAUUGAUUGGUCAGAGGAUACUACCGCUGGAUGGGUUGCAAGCAGGUUAUCGCCAUAUAUCACUGAGAACAGAAGGCAACUUCCCCCUGUCAUUACCCACUGUAUUUUGUAGAAUCAUCUUGAAAACAUAUGUUCCUGUAGAAUUUGGUGACUUUGUGGAUGCCCUGUCAGCUCCUAUACAAGCAAUGUCCCAGGCUGAGAAGAGAGAGAAAGCCAUGAAAGAUAUGGGGAUAGAUGAGAAAGAUAUUUCUGAUGUUCCAGUAGUCAGCAGACUUGCCAAGAUGAACAAGCCACAGAAUGGUCAAAUGUCCACCAACCCAAACAGUAUGUCCCAGUCCCAGUCUAGCACUGCUGCUGGCAAGAAGGAUGAAAGGAAAGGUCCAGAAGAGAUGAUCUUUGAAGCCAUCACAAGAGACAAGCUCAUGUCUGAGAAAAUCUAUCUCAAGUUGUUGCGUAAGCAGCCCAAAGACUUGGAGCUUCUCAAACGCAGACAUCAGAAGGAGAGGUCCAUGAUGCAAAAGGCACAUUGCACUGUUGUGGAUAAGCUGGUUGCCUCACAUGACAAAGAGAAGUCGGCCACAGAAAAGUGUAUGGAGAAGAAACUCAAGAAAAACAAGGACAGCAGCACAGACCUCAAGUCCCAGUCCGAGGGCAGGGUUUUAAACUUGGUCUCUGACCAUAGGCUCAAGGUGAAAGAGCUGGUUGUUUGUCAGACCAAAGAGUGGUCAGAGAUGGUGGUCAAGCAGAUGACAGAGGAACAUGAGCUGUGGAAGGAGCACAUCAUUCAGCAGAAUGAGCUGCUGGCCAAGCUGUUGGAAGAUGCUCAACAUGAUCAGAUGGCAGAAUUAGAGGCCAAACAGGAGAGAGAGAACAAAGAAUUAAAAGCCAACCAAGCCAAGCACUCAAUGGACUCUACCAAAACUGUCUUGAAUGACAAGAGCAUUAAAAACAAGUUUGAAAGGGAUAGGAGAAUCAGAGAGUUAAAUGAAAACAACACUAAAAAGUUUAUUGAAGAAAGGAAAAGAUUUGCUGUCAAGCACUCUCGCCAAGUGGAAGCUUUGAAGAAAGUUCAUUUAGAACAAAGAGAAAAAACUUUGGCAGAAAAUCAAAAGGCACUAGAGAUGGUUGAGAUGGCUUAUGAAGAAGCAAAGAUGGCUUCCAGACCUGAAACAGUGGUGUAGAUGACCUAUUAUUUAUUUUAUUCUGUGAUAGUCAUUUGUUUAUUUCUCUUAGAUUGUUUUAUACCCUAGAAAGAAUGAGGUUUUAUUGAACUAGGAUUAUUUGAUAAACAAUGAAAAACUUCAUAGUCGCCACCAGAGAACAACAAUGCACCCAGGAAAUAAGUUUUUUUUUCAAGUGGACAUUGGUCUGUAAUUUAACUGAUGGUAACUGCUUAAUGAAACACUUAUUAAUGCUUUAAAAUUAGUGCUCACCAUGAAGGUUGUAAUUCUGUUGUGUCUACAGAUUGUCUAAAACUAACCACUUCUUUUCUUGGUGCUUUGUAAAAGCAGGUCUAAUGUAGAGGAUUUGUUGGGCUGAUGUGCAAUAUUUUCAACCAGUUUUUGUACAAGGUUCAUUGCACUGGUCAUAUAAUGCAAACUUUUGAUGUAAAUAUUCCUGCUUACAUUUGAUUACAUCUUCUCUUGUACUUGUACUCUCAUUCUCCUCCUCUUACCCCUCCAUGUAUGUCACAUCAUUUGUCACUACCAUUUUUUAAGCUUCAAAUGUUUUCUCUGUAGGCUGUGUUCUAUUUCUAGUGGCAACAGACUGCUUGGCUUUAGAGAUAGUUGCUACAAGUUUGCUUCAUUACAAAUGACACAACUGUUAUACAAGAAACUACACACACACACACCAGUGACACAACAGUAACACACAUACCAGAGCAGAACCUAUCCUACUGUAAUUAGCCUCCAUUGCUGUGUUUAGCCAAAUGAUCUUCCAUGAGUGUGGGUGUGAAAGAGGUCCAUUGUUUCUUGAGUUCCCAGUGUACACAUCUUGUCUGUCUGCCAUUGUAUUCCGUUUUUUUUUUUUGUUUUUUUACAGUGAUUGAAUGUCUAGAAAAAAUUAAAUAGAAUUAUAUUUGG